CAGCCGGUGAUGUGACGGUUCUGGAAUCUAAGUCUGCCACUGGGCCAUGAUUUGGGCCAGGCUGUGGGGCAGUGCCCACAGGAAGAAGGAUGGCGAGGCAGUUGGGCUGGACAGGGAGAGCCCUUCAAUAGAAGCAGCUGAACGAGCAAGCUCAAAAUCUGGGGUACGGAAAGUUCUGCACUUUCUUGAGCCUCUCUUAUCACCUGCAGGAAGGCUGGCAGGACUGAAGCCAGGAGCGGCAUUCUCACCUGAGGAGUCUGACAGGUUGAUCUACAAGCAAACAGGAAAAUCUGAGCACCCAGGAGUUGGUCUCUGGAAAGAAGCUGCAUGAGUUAGGACGAUUUCGCCCUAGACGGUGUCCCCUGCGCCUUUGCGGUCGCCAGUUGUAGAGACUCAGCCUACUCCGCCAUGUCAACCUUGUAUCCCUCGCUGGAAGAUCUGAAGGUUCAUCACAUGUUGACGGCCAAGGACAAUGCUGUAGGGCCACAGCCCAUAGCCUCAGCUCCGGCCCCUACUGCAAGAGAGAUGCCAGAGCCACCCAAAGCAGAUGAUCCACCAGUUUUGUACCCAGAUCUUGCUGAUCUCAAUGAUUACAUGGGUCUCUCUCUUUCCAGCGAGGAGAUCCAGAGGAAUUUAGCUCUCAUCCCGACAGCCAAUACUGCCGUGGGGCCAAACUCUUCAGCUCAAGGCCCAUUGGUGGCUCCAGUGACAGGAAGCAACGCGGGGCUGCGUCGGGCAGAGAUCAAACCGGGCUUGCGUGAGAUCCACCUUUGCAAGGAUGAACAUGGGAAGACGGGACUGCAUCUGAGGAACAUUGAUAAGGGGCUCUUUGUGCAGUUGGUCAAAGCCAACUCUCCAGCAUCUCUGGUGGGGCUGCGUUUCGGCGAUCAGAUCCUCCAGAUCAACGGGAGGAACUGCGCGGGGUGGAACAUGGAGAAGGCAAAGCGGGCGCUGAAGAAGGCCUCACCGGAGAAGAUCGUUAUGGUGGUCCGUGACAGGCCUUUCCAGCGAACGGUGACCAUGCACAAAGACAGCACCGGCCAUUUGGGUUUCGUGAUCAAGAAGGGCCAGAUCACCUCACUGGCCAGAGACAGCUCUGCAGCCCGGAAUGGGCUCCUUACCCACCAUUACGUCUGUGAAGUGAACGGACAGAACGUCAUUGGUCUAAAGGACAAGGAGAUCACCGAGAUUCUGGCAAACGCUGGCAAGAUCAUCACCCUCACCAUCGUCCCCGCCAUCAUCUACGAGCACAUGAUCAAAAAGCUUUCAAGCGGGCUGGUGAAGUCAUCCAUGGAUCGCUCCAUCCCCGAUAUAUAAAUUUUUCGCCACCUCCGGCCUGAGAUGCAUGACUGCCUGGAAGUGCCCUGGAAUUUCCUGGAAUUAUUCUACCGAGGCUGCUCAGAAGAGGAAAAAAAAUAAAUGAACAAAUAUAUUGCUUUAA